AUGUUCCUAACCAUCAAAGCAAUGGAUGGCAAAGAAAACUCAAAGGUACAUCAUCAACAAAAGCUACAACAUUUUGAAGAAAAAGAAAAAUACACUUCAUCAUCUUUUCCCCUCACACCAAGAGAAGAAUCAUCCAUUGAAUCAACUAGUAGUAGUAGCAAUGCAAUGGAUGAUGAAGAAGAAGAAAUUAGUUUGAAUGAGUUGCUUCUUGAUGCAAAUAUAAAGAAGAAAAUUGAACUUUUGGCUGCAAUGGUUGGAGUUGACACUGCUGAGCCAGCUAUUGUGUUGAGUGAAGUAGUUAGGGUUCUUAAGGCUUUAAAAGCCAUUAGUCACUAUUGA